AUGCCUGUCGUCAAACGGAAGCAUCAGGCCGGCGGUGAGGACAAUUAUAGGAAGCCCAAAGUUCCGCGCAAUAGCCAACUCGACGCUACACAAUCGGGCAGCAUAGGAAAGCCUGGCAUCGGUCUACUCGAUCUACCUGCAGAGAUACUGCUCGAGAUAUUCUACUGGACUCGCGAGCCGUGCAUGAUCCAUGCAUGUAAACAGCUAUAUGAACUGCUCCCAGACUAUACUGGCCACAGCAAGAUGCUGCUCGGCUUGGCCUUCGCCACCAGACAUGGGGGUUACCUCACACCCUGGAUUACCCGACAUGCAGACAUUGCCCGGUAUGAAGACAGGCCUCUUGCAGGAUUCAACCCUUUCGCAAAGUUCUAUCCACACUUUGGCCCUUACCUGGACCCAAGGGAGGGCCGAUUUGGGCAUUCCAUGAACGCCGUGAAUUGCAACACGCUGUGGCAGGAAAAGGUCGUGUCACUACAUCUGCUGGACAAUCCAGACUAUCGAAUCACAACUCGUCAGAAUCAGCGCCUUAAGGAUCUCGUCGCUGGCCAUGGGGGUCCCAAUGCUGAUCUGAAGCUCAGGAUGCAGGUGGAAAUCAACCAUGGUGGAUGGUAUCACGCUGUCCUCACUUUGCGUGACAACUUCCUUCAUGUCAGGAUCCAUAACCAAGAACGUACACAAAUCUUGUACGACCUGUUUGCUUUCUCGUAUGUUCCACAUUGUCUCCUGCGAGACGCUACGGCAGUCGACAGCGCAGACCUUAGAGAUCUCUUUGUGCGCUGCUGUAAUGUCACCCCAGGAGAUGCCCUCCACAAAUUGACGAGGGAUCCGGACACUGAUCAUGUCACUCGCUUGCUCAAGUGUGACGAGCACUUGCUGGAGCGCCGGAUUCUACAGACCCUGGAGCUACCUCCUCCCCACCUCCGGACCACACUUCAUAGGAUAGAGAUUGCCCAAAAUCUGCAUGAGCUGCUCAUCCUCAACUACGUGUGUAGAGACCCGGUCACUGUCAGCUGCAAUAUGCUCAGCGCUUGUGUGGAACACAACCUGCCCGAGUGCCUCGAUCAUCUCCUCGGCAAUUAUCUCACCACGGCUUCGAGCUACUGGGUCGACCGUGACAUACAAAGGAGAAAAGCAAAACGCCGGACCGCCGUCACCGAAAAGGACGUUGUGAGACUGAAAAACAGAGCUGCCAAACUAGACAAGAAGAAUACAGAGGGGACCUGUCUUGAUCGACUCGAAGCCGAACUCGAGCACUACUCAGAAAUGAAAACGCUGGCGAGAGAGUCUGGUGUCGCUACCUGGCAGGAGGCUGAAGAUGCACUCCGGGACCAAGAACGAGAGGUCCGCGACCACAUGGAACGCUUUCAUGACGAUGACGAUGAUGAGUCACUCGGUGAGGGCGAGUGGGACUCGGAGGACUCAUCUGACGAAGACUCGGACCCAGGACUGUUCGAUCCAGAAGAAUGGGGGCCGGAGCACUUUCUUGACUAUUCGGAAGACUCGGACUCGGAUACUGACGACGAUGGAUUUGAGGACGGUGAAGACUCUGGUCGAAGCUCUCCAAGCGAAGCAGAGCAAGUCUCCGGGCCAGAUACGUCGUGA